AUGGACAAAUCUACAGACAUUAUAGACCUGUGCGGGGGCGGCCAGCCCGUGGGGAAUCCCCCAAAUUCUGGUAGAUCAAAUAAGGUGGUAACCGAUACAAAAAAACAAGAAGACCUGAAAGAAGAAAUAACUAAAUUAAAACAUAGCCGUCUAAACUUGCUUGGAGAGGCAAAAAGGUGCAAUUCCGUGUCCUUACCGGACAGGAAAAAAAGAAAAAUAGGGGACACCUCCUUAGACACCUCUCUACUGGAGCCCUACAAACAGAACGAAGCUAUCGAGAAGAACAAGAACCUAGUCCAGGCACUCGAAAAACUCGUAGAGGAGUCGCCCAAUACUAACAAAAAAAUCAAGGAACUAACAAAAAUGAUGACCCGAAACGUCAAGGAAUUUGAGAGAGAGGUUGUUGUACAAUGGAUGGAAAAACACAAGCACGAACCAAUCGAGAAGAUUACCUUCGAUUCCGAAUCUCAAACCCAACCAGAGAAGAAAAGCACAGCGGAGAUAUCUACUCAAACCGACCCCUGGCACGGAGGUCAACAAACGUUAAGAACCCUAGAAGGGAUUGAUAACCUGGAACAGUACAGACAGAACAGCAAUACCACAGUGGCUAUCUACACUACGGCAAGUAACCGGGAGUCGGAAAGGGCAAGGACCACCUACGGAAUGAUUAUAAGCGAUGGUGAAAAAUCAUAUAAAGACGUUCUAGGGAAAGUCAAGGCUAUAAUGGGCACGAACCAGUCGGCCAAGGCCAUUAGGAGUCUACGCAGCACGAAAGAUGGCAAGCUAUUGCUCACCAUCGAGAAGGACCAGGAGGCUCUUAGGAACAUACAUGGGGCAAUAAGUGACAGCGCUACGGGACUGAAGAGCAGAAGACUGGGUAUGGAUAAAAACACGGCAAUUCACAUCAGAGGAAUGGAGGCGGAAACCACGGUGGACAACAUCAAAUCUUCAGUCGUGGAUAUAGUGGGCAUAUGGGAGGAAGAAAACAAGCUAAGUGAGUUACGUCCGUUAAGUAACGAUACUUUGGCAGCAACUUUAACCCUGAAAUCAAACACAGCCGAAAAAAUUCUGCAAAACGGAUUUCUCCAGGUAGGACUUGUGAAGUGUAGGGUGGAGAAAAGGUUAAACGUGCAAAAGUGCCAAAAAUGCUGGUCGUACGAACACUACACCGACAGAUGCAUCGGACCAGAUAGCAAUUGCUUUAAAUGCGGCAUGAGCGACCAUAACUCAAAAGCGUGCAUAAAUGAGGAAGCCUGUGUACUAUGCAACGAGAAAGGUCACAAAAUUGGUACCAUGAGGUGCCCGAAAUUCAAAGAAGCAUUGAAACAUGCUAGGAAGGAGGAAAGUAGAAAAGCCUACGCCAAAACAUAUGCUCAAAAAGAGGAGCCCAAACAAAAUGACAGAAAAAAGGAAACUGGCCCUGUUCGCGCACAGCAUCAAUGGUUUCUGGAACAACAACUGAUUUUGGACGACCUUUACGAAAUUCGUCUUGGAACAAACUACGACCUCGAUUGA